UUCCCCAACAGACUUUUCAUUUAUAAGAGCCCAUUCCAAUUCUGACAACUCCUCUACAGAGGAGCAUUCCUGUCCUUGAUCUCUGGACUUGCCUGUGGUUUUGCCACAGCUUGCUUCUCCAGAUUUGCAAUUCUUGGCUGUUUCUGAAUGAACCCAUCUUUGCUGGUAAAAUAACUGACAGUUUUAUUUUUAAGGUUAAUGGUAGGAAAUUUUCAUGAGGGGUAAAAAACAGUUGCCAAUGUGAUAAAGUUAAGUUUAGAAUGUGUUCUGACCUUCAACUUCUUAGUGCUUUACUGAUUGUGAUACAAACAUCUUACGUUAGAGAACUAGAUGAAUUGAUUUUAUCCUCAAAAUCCAUGGAUUUAUUUUGAGAAAAAGAGUGAAGUUAUUUCAAAAAUGGAUCUGUGAUAUAAUUUCUAACAAAAGUCAUCAGCAAUCCCAAAUGACCUCUCUGGAAGUUGAUAAAUUACAGGAGAGACUACUAGCUCUUGGGGCUGUGGAGAUCCUGAGUGGAGCAACAAUUCUGGUUGUGGGUGUUUUCCUGGGUGCCAUACAAGGCAUAUUCCAACUCUUUGAGCAGUACUCUUACUUCACCUUGUACACAGGCUAUCCGAUAUGGGGCCCUGUGUUUUUUAUUUUUUCUGGAUCCUCAUCUAUUGCAGCUGGGAAACACCGUGAAAUAGAUUUGAUCCGCAAGCAUGUUUGGAUAGACAUCAUCAGUGCUAUAAUGGCAGUAGUUGGGUUUGUUUUGCUUGCAAUAAAUUUAGCACAUAAUAACGAGGUACUGAAGAAUUGCCCACUCUCAGAAUCAGCGGACUUAUGCCUUUACAUAACCACUUCAAAUAAUGGCCUGUUGUCUCUAAUGCUGAUAUUUACCUUGCUGGAAUUCUGCAUGGCCAUCUCUAUGACAAUCAUGUGGUGUAAAAGAAAACUAUUGGAAUCAUCACAGGUGACUUCUUCACCUCCCAAUCAUGCGGAGUCAGGAACACCUCCUGAUGAUGGAAUAGCUGAAAGUCAGGAAAAUCAAUCUCCAACUUCCAGGGAGCAAUAGCAUCAUCCAUGAACUCAGGAGAAUGUGGCCCAGGAAAUGCAAUCCUGGCACCAAUCUUCAGAAACUUGGACAUUUGACUGAAUCCUUUCUGUUCUAACUCUUAGUCCCAUUAUCAUGUCCUAGAUAUGGAAGGGCAAAAAUGCUUCUUUAAGCAUUACUGGUUUUGUAACUUCUAUAAUCACAUUUCAAAGUUGUCCCCAGAAAUAGCUUCUCUUUCUUUCUACCCACUUACUUCUUUGUUCUAUAAGGUUUAAAGAAGGUAGGCAGAACAAUCCAUAUCUCGUGUAUUCUCCUUAAAAUACCACUUCCAAACACCCACUGAGAAAGCAAAUGGAUCAUUUUUCUUCAUUAAAGAAAAAUGCUUCUUGGCUGUAGCUGACAUCAAUGUUGCAAAUACAGUCAAACAAAAAAUCAUCAUCAUCAAGAUGAAUUUUCACUCUAUUUGAGGUAGGAGGGUCAAGCCUCACAGGAGUUAUUUCAAUCAACUGCUCAGAUUCACAUGUACCAUAGAUAAUGAUGUAGUGACGCAUAUUAAUGGUGUAGGCUGGGGGCUUUGGAGCAAGAUCAACGUUUGUUCUUUGAAGGAUGAUGAGAAGUAGAGAGAAGUACUGAAUAAGGCGUUGGGAAUAUCACAGAUAUGGUUUCAGAUUCUGAUACUGUCACUUACUACCUGUGUGCAUUUGAGCAAGUUACCUAGCCUCUCUGACCUAUUUUUGCUCAUCUGCAAAAUAGGUGUAAUAAUGUCAGCCUCCCCCUCAGGUGUCAUGAGGGGUAAGUAGAGGCAGAGCGAAUGUGAGGGGCACCCCCCUGCUCACUGAUGCUGUCCUGCUGGUCCUGCUGCGGCAGGUGAGGCUGAGGGGGGAUGUGUCCCGUGUGCAGGCAGAAUGACAGCCCCUCCCGCCUCCACGGUGGCCCCUUCUACACCCUCCUGUGACAUCAGUGGCCGUCUUUUCACGGUGGUGAUUUGAUGUUAAAGCUCCUUCUGAUACAUCAGGAUUGUUUUAUAAAUAUACUGCUGAAGUUCUUAUAUUUCUGACUUGUAACUUCCCCCUCCUGACACUAAACUGAGUCCCCCACAACGUCUAAAGUUCAUCCCAUAAGUUACUCUUAGUUCUUUGAGCACAGAUUCUUCCACCCUUCUCUCUAGUAAUUCUUGCCUCUCUUCCUCCAAACACACACACACACACACACACGCACACACACACACACGCACACACACACGCACACACACACACACACACACGCGCGCACACACACACACACACACACGCACACACACACACACACGCACACACACGCACACACACACACACACACACACGCACACACGCACACACACACACACACACGCACACACGCACACACACACAC